CACCACCGCUCGCAGUGUUUGCAGAGCUGGAUCUAGCUAUCUAACAAUGCUGUGCGGGUCCGGGGAGAAGCUCUGGGAGGUUACACGGCUGGAGGAGGUGUAAGGGCUGGGUGUGAAUCAGCUCGUGUGUGCUCCGGGUCGUCUGUACGGUCCGUGAUCUGCGGCGGAUCUGUGCGGAGACGUGGAUCUGCUGCUGCUGCAGCGGAGCUCCUUCUUCACACACCGGGGUUGGACUCUGGAUUAAAGGCAUGGUAGAUGGUCCUUAGUCCUUCAGCCAGCAGUUGGCCAGAGGCCUUAUCAUAGCCCCCAUUCCUGGGGGUCCUACUGUGCAGAAGAACGACUCGGACAAACAUAAUGACACACAAGAAAAUGCACAUGAGCUAUGUCCUCAGCUGGGAUUUCAGCAAGGGGCACUCUGUUCUUGCCACUGUCAAAGGCCCCUUUUAUACCCUUGGAUAGUUCUGGAGUGGACUUACGUAACACAGAGCAAAACGGCAUUAUGUGUGGACCAUAUGCUCUUGAAAAUGAAGUUUUCUUUUAUUUGAAACCAAAGUGAAGGUCUAGAUUUAUUAUUUUUUCAAUGUGUUAAUGUAAUACAAAGCAAGAAAUGAUCCGUUUUCUGUUGACCUGUGCAUACACAGUGCAGGCAAAAUUGCAUUAUGGCUGCUGAAUCUCUCCAACAACUUAAUUUACCUGUUUGGUGUGGUGGAGAGUGACAUUUGGACGAUGCAGCGUAACGGAGGCGUCGUGGGGAAUGGCAGCCAGUCGUGGGUGCUUCGGCGGGUCCGGCUGACUUGGCUCAGCUUCAUGCUCUUCUUCAUCUUGGUCUUCUUCCCACUCAUUGCACACUACUACCUCACCACGAUUGAUGAGGCAGUGGGGCCAGACAAACGCAUAUUUGGCCCGAGGCCAGGUGGUGAACUGUGCGAAGCAAAGCAUGUCCAAGAUCUGUGUCGGAUUCGGGAAUCUGUGAGUGAAGAGUUGCUUCAGCUGGAAGCCAAGCGGCAGGAGCUCAACGGUGAGAUAGCACGUCUUAACCUGCGCAUCGAAGCCUGUAAGCGCAGUAUCGACAGUGCCAAACAGGACUUACUACAACUCAAAAAUGUCAUCAGCCAGACAGAACACUCUUAUAAGGAACUCAUGGCACAAAACCAGCCAAAAUUAUCAUUGCCAGUCAGAUUAUUACCAGACAAAGAUGACCCAGGACUCCCCCCACCAAGGUCCGUACAGUCCUGCCGCUUGCACACCUGUUUUGAUUACGCCCGGUGUCCACUUACAUCCGGGUUUCCGGUCUAUGUGUAUGAUACAGGGUCGUAUCCUUGGGGUGAAUAUAUUGACCCAUUGGUCAAACAAGCGUUUGCAUCAUCUGUUAAGAGUAGUGUCUACGUUACUGACAAUCCAAGUAUUGCAUGUCUGUAUGUGGUGCUUGUUGGAGAGAUACUGGACUCCUCACCAUCUCCUCCUCCUUCCCCCUUAGACCUAGAAAAGCAGCUAAAGGCAUUGCCGUACUGGAGGUUGGAUGGUCAUAAUCACCUGCUUAUCCACCUGUCGAGAAAGUCCUUAACUCAGAACUUCUUGUACAAUGUAAGCACAGGCCGAGCAGCCGUAGCACAAUCUACCUUUCUGGAGCGACAGUACCGGGAAGGCUUUGACCUGGUGGUGUCUCCCCUGGUCCAUGCUCUUUCUGAGCCAAACUUUUUGGAGGUGCCUCCUCAGGUCCCAGUGAAGAGGAAGUAUCUCUUCACCUUUCAGGGAGAAAAAGUGGAAUCCCUGAGGAGCAGUUUGUUGGAAGCACCUCCACAGUCCUUUGAAGAAGAAAUGGAAGGAGACCCGCCUGCCGAUUAUGACGACCGCAUUAUUGGCACCCUCAAAGCUGUGCAGGACAGCCACCUAGACCAGGUACUUGUAGAGUUUACCUGCAAAAACCGACCAAAGCCCAGCUUGCCAACUGAGUGGGCUUUGUGUGGGGAAAAGGAGGAUCGGUUAGAGGUACUGAAAGCGUCCACGUUUGCCUUGGUGAUCUCUCCAGGUGAUGGACAAGUCGUGGCAUCUGCAGGGGUCAACAUGCGUCUUUUUGAGGCGCUAGAAGUUGGGGCAAUCCCUGUGGUGCUCGGCGACCACUCAAAGUUGCCAUAUCAUCAGCUUAUUCGGUGGAGUGAGGCAGCUAUUAUGGUGCCCAAGCCUCGAAUAACAGAGUUACACUUUCUUCUGCGCAGUCUCUCGGAUAAUGACUUGCUGGCCAUGCGACGUCAGGGACGAUUCUUAUGGGAGACGUACUUUUCCACCUCUGAGAGUAUCUUUAACACCAUACUGGCUAGUGUCCGAACUAGCAUUCAGAUACCAGCAGCCCCUAUUAAGGAAGAACCUGCCCAGGAGAUUCCCCACAAGGCUGGGAAGAUGGCAGGAACAGAUGCAAAUUUGGCCGACAACGGUGACCUGGAUCUUGGACCAGUAGAGACAGAGCCACCUUAUGCUUCACCAAGGUAUUUGCGCAAUUUCACAUACACGGUAUCGGAUGUCUAUCGAACCUGGAAUCGAGCCCCUGGACCAUUCCAUCUGUUCCCCCACACUCCGCUGGACCCCGUUCUUCCUUCUGAGGCAAAGUUCCUUGGCUCAGGAACUGGAUUCCGUCCCAUUGGUGGAGGUUCUGGGGGCUCUGGAAAGGAGUUUCAAGCAGCGCUUGGAGGAAAUGUCCCACGAGAGCAGUUCACAGUGGUCAUGCUGACAUACGAGCGAGAGGAGGUACUCAUGAACUCCCUGGAGAGACUGAAUGGCCUUCCCUAUCUCAACAAGGUGGUGGUAGUCUGGAAUUCCCCCAAACCACCCUCAGAUGACCUCCUCUGGCCAGACAUUGGGUUGCCAAUUGUGGUGGUGCGGACAGAGAAGAACAGCUUGAACAAUCGUUUCCUUCCCUGGGACGCGGUGGAGACUGAAGCCAUCUUGUCCAUUGAUGACGAUGCUCACCUUCGACAUGAUGAAAUUAUGUUUGGGUUCAGGGUGUGGCGUGAAGCCAGGGACCGUAUUGUGGGUUUUCCAGGGAGGUUUCAUGCCUGGGACCUAAACCACCAGUCCUGGCUCUACAACUCCAACUACUCCUGCGAACUGUCCAUGGUGCUGACGGGCGCCGCGUUUUUCCACAAGUACUAUGCCUACCUGUAUUCCUACGUGAUGCCCCAGGCCAUCCGGGACAUGGUGGACGAGUACAUCAACUGUGAGGACAUCGCCAUGAACUUCCUGGUGUCACAUAUCACCCGCAAGCCCCCGAUCAAGGUGACGUCUCGCUGGACCUUCCGCUGUCCCGGCUGCCCGCAGGCCCUCUCACACGACGACUCGCACUUCCACGAGCGCCACAAGUGCAUCAACUUCUUUGUGAAGGUGUAUGGGUACAUGCCACUGCUCUACACGCAGUUCCGGGUGGACUCUGUGCUGUUUAAGACACGACUUCCACACGACAAGACAAAGUGCUUCAAGUUCAUUUAGCAGCAGCGGGUGGGAGGAAGCACAAACAGACUGGGAGUGUAAGAGUAAACUGGGCAGCUCUGUGGGCAGCUCUUAGCCAGCAGGACCUUUCAUCAUUACAGACUGUACGGAUUUUUAUUUUUUCUUUCGUUCACCUGAAACUUGACGGGCUUCAAGCUGAGGGAGAACUGAUGAACUAAUACAGAAAAAAGCCUUUUAUUUGUUUUGAAUCAUUUAUGUGUGUACGAGUGUGUGUGUGUACGGGUGUGUGUGUGUACGGGUGUGUAUGUGUGACCCAUCAGCAACCACUACUGGUCUCAUUUGCACCACUCUCUGACAGUCCCUGGGAAAAAGAACAAAGGCGAUUGGGAGAAAUGAAUGCACAGUUUUAUUUCAAGGACACUUUAACGGAUCUCAAACCUAACAUUUGAGCUUUACAACUGACAGACUGGCCGGACAUGCGGUCAGGGGACAAAAAAUACAAAAAAAAAAACAACUCUGGGCAGAUGGUCACCUCUCCUCUGAGAGCUUUCCCAGAGAGUUGUGGGAGAACUGGGUGAGGGGGGUGGGGGGGCAAAGGCGUUCUUGUGUCGUUGCACUCUUUUAUUUUUGACUCAUUUUGCAUUUAUAUUAUAUUAUAUAUAUAUAUAUAUAUAUUCUCUUGUAAAUGAAAAAAGCACUGAUGGUCACGGAAAUUUUAUUUGUGCGUGUUUUGUGUGCAAGCGAAAAAGAGACUGUGGAGAUGGUGGAGUUUAGAAACAUGGAUUUUACAGUAGGGCUGCAAUACAGAUCACUAUGAGUGAAAUACCAGAAUCGUAAAUAUAAUACAUGUUGUAAUUAUAAUACACAUGUUGUCUAGCUAGAUAUUAAAAUACAUCGGUUAAUGAAUUCUGUGACAGGUUAGAUUGGCUGGUAUUACCUAAUUUUUCACACUGCGGGGUGAUUUUUAAGAGACACUAUUAGGAACUUCUAAUUCAGCAGGUCUUGCCGCUGGGUGGUGGUGGGAGGUAGCUAACUAAGUUAAGUAAAGCUAAGUUAAGUAAACAAAACUGUAAUAAAAUAGACUUUCUUUUAAAGUAAAACGAGCGCUGGAUGUAAAUCUACACAGAUUUCUCUACUGAAAAAUAUUUUUAGUGAGUAAAGUGCUUCCGUUUCUUUACAGUAAGCUUAAUAGCGGUUAGAGGGUGAUGCUAAUGCUGCUCCAGUAGUGCUAGCCGGGUUAGAAGCAGGCUGGGAAAAUUAAAGGAUUUUAAGUGCGCCUUCUAGUGAGAAAAAUACGAUAUUUUGACCAAAAUAAUUUUAUACCUUUUUUUUUUUUAAAGGAGAAUUUGAUAAAGACUGAAUGUGUAAUACAGUAGUUUGAAUGCAAACAUUGAUUUAGAGUGAGGGUUUGGUGUGAAUUGGUUUACUGUAGAGCAGGCAUGUCCAAAUCUUACCCACAUUGGGUCGGUAUGGCUGCAAGUUUUCAUUCUAAGCACACCUGCUGAUCAUGGGCUUUUUCUUGACUGGAUUGAAAACCUGCAGCCACACAGAUCCUUUGCAAAUCAAAUGGACACCCCUGCUCUAGAGAAAUUGACUUUUUAGGUAUGUAUUUACAAUCCAAAACUAACAGUGAAGCUACAUGUGUUGUCUUCAAAUUAAUGAUUUAAAAAUAGUGUCAGAUCUGGAAAUUAAAGUCCCUGUUUACACCUGAUCACUUCAUGCAUCUUGAGUAUAAUCAGGAUUAUAAGUGGCUAGAUGGCGCUUUCUGAUCACAUUACACACAAGGUGAUGUUGAUCAGCACAGGCGUCUGUUUGCUGUUGUAUCAGAGCUGGGUUGCUGCCGCUUUUCUCACAGCGUGCUGCAUCAAUGCAAUUGUGAACACACCUAAAACGCAUUUAAAACGAAAUUUAAAACCGAUACCACUUCAGGAUAAGACCACAUUUAGACAAACAAAACUCUUCCCCAUGCAAUAUUACAUGGACAGCCAUUCACCAAAUUUAAGUAAUGGACAAAGGCAUGUAAAAUCGCUUAUUUUGAGAAGGCACCCAUCUUGAGCAAAGCACAGGAAGAUGCUGAAUGGAUAAACAUCUGGUUUCUGCAUUUGCCAUGCUUUUUCUGGGUGGCUAAAAGGCAAUCUCUUUUCUCUUAUCGCUCAGAAGGUAAUGAUGGUGAGCACAGGCUUUUGGUAGGUGCUGUAUUAGAUCCAAGCCACUGAGCUUUCCUCAGCAUGCACUGGCUACCAAGUGAUGCUGCAUCAACGACAGCUUAAAAUGGGUGGUAGCUGAAUUGUAUGAUAUGUAUCAGUGGAGGCAUGUUCUAGUCUUCACCCUCCUAGUGUUGGAGGCAUUAUACUGAUAGGGGAGGCUGGGUAAUUGGUCUUCCAAAUUGGGGAGAAAAUGGGGUAAAAUUAGAAGAAAAAAAAAAUCUUUCAGGCGUCGGGCAGUGCAAGAAAGCUUUUAAAAGCAGUAAACACCUCAGUGUUAUUGAAUUAAAUUGAAAUCUGAACAAAUUGUGGCUCAGUAUGUCUUGAAGUUUCGGUAGAACUGAGAUGUUCACACCAAACCCUGCAAACUCUCCUGCAUUUCCCCUAAAUGUCACCCUUCCAUUCUCCUGAAACUGUAAUUAGUGAAGAUGCUCCAAACCUAUGUUGUGUGUAUUGCAGUCUUCUGUGAAAUCAGUGUUUCUAAAGGUAUCUCAAUAACGAUUGUCAUGUGAUCUAUUGUUAUGCAGCCCUAAUUUAAACCUCCAGGAUUCAGUGUUGAGCUCACUAGAUUUUGCAAAACAAGAGAGAAAAUAAUCGUUUCCUGAAGUCCUCCCAGCCCAGCCAUCGUCCUUACACAGCAGAGCGGGUGAUAACGACUUUCUGACUGCUUCCUCUGCUCUGUAAUGAUGAUCAUUAGGCUGGGAAAUGCUCCAGCAGUCCGGUUUGUAUGAGUGUGAGAGUGUAGGUUGGAGUACAGUGGUCGUACGCUCGAGUGAAAGGGAUCUGUGACCUGAUCUUACAGCUUUAGAAACAGAGAGAGAGAGAGAAAGAACUACAGUAAAUGCUGAAGUUAACUGUCAUUAAUGGAGCGGUUCAGUCCAUAGUGCUGCUAAUGAUGCUCAUAAUGAAGGACAGUGAGAAGAUAUGAAAUACUAGGGCUGCUCAAUGUUACCAAAAUCAUAUCGAUAUACAGUAUAUCAGCUUCAGACUGAUGCUUAGAUUUGAUGCAUUUAUGAUACACUACUGUUCAAAAGUUUGAUAACGAUCACUUUAGUAUUUUUGGUUUUGAUUAUUUUAUGUUUAAGCAAUAAUACACUUGAGGUUGGUGCUAUAAUUGUAAUAUUGGCACUGCUGUGCUGUGGUUGUAGGCAAGAGGCCUCAGGCCGAGUACUGUAGAUCAGCACAGCAGUGCCGAUUUAACACAUUAUAGCACAAACUUCGAGUGUAUUAUUGCGAUUAUACCACAGUUCCAUUAUCACUGUUCAUUGAAAGAUUUUAAGUUAAAGAGGACGAGAAAAUACAACCUGUUAGGUUAUAAACUCCGUGAGUAAAAUAGUUCCAUUCCUGCUCUGUUUGUAGCUGCACUGUUUGGCUGGUAGGAGCUGCAUCGUUGCUGGGUUACCUGUAUGUGGCGGAGUAAUACAUGGAGAACUUCGGUUACAGUACAUUACCGGCUAAUAACGUCGCUCAUAGAAUGCCUUUCAGCCAAUCACAUUGCAGGUCAGAACUAACUGUGGUAUAAUUAAUAAUAACCUAUAUUGUGUAGAUUUAAAUACCAUAUAAAUAACAUAACAAAACAUAUAUAUAUAUAUUUUUUUUGCAUAAUAUAACAUUUUUUUGAGAAACACAACAUUUAAAAGAUGACCAGCAUUGUGCAAUUAAUUUGUUUUAUAGCCUUUUUAAUCGAUUGUUUUCUGCAUCAAAAUGUUUGACUUUUUGAUCACUUUUGAAAUAUAUUCACUUCACACUUUUAUUCAGAAUUAUAAUUUUAAUUUAGCUUUAUUUAGUUUUCUACUAAUUAUGUGAAACGUCUAGCAGUGAACAGGACCUACAAAUCAUUUCUUUUUUUGUGGAUCGAUCAAUUUGAUUUGAUUGAAAACUAGAUGUUUCUACAACUGUGGCAUUUUCACUAAUGUAAAAAAAAAAAUCCAGCUCACUACAUAUAUAGAUCACUAUUAUAGUGAGUUUGGGGUUUGGGGAUAAGUUUAAACCAAACAGUGUGAUUGGUUGUGUAUUACAUGUCAGAUAGUGUACAAUGUUUUAGGGGGGGGGGGUUGUACACUGUAUAUUACAGUGCAUUGUGGGAUUGUUCCAUUGCACUAAAAAGUAUACACUACAUUUCUGACAUCAAUCCAAAACCCCAACCCCAAAGUAGUGAACUCAAUAGUGGUUGCAAACCUUUGAACAGUGGUGUAUUAUUAAAAAACUUAACGUUUAGGAAAUACCAGGCUACUGUAUGAUAUGCAAUAUGUGCAUUUAUUCUACAUUACUCUGUUACAUUUCUCGAUGGUCAUAAUUCGGAUAAAUUCAAUCCCAGUUUCACAGUUUUUUUAAACAUUUAUCAGAAUAAAUAGAUGUACAUGAAAAAUAUCAGCCCAUGUUUUCCAUAUCAGUGCAGCUGUACAAAAUACUACUCUGAUAUUAUAAAAUGACCUUAAUUCUGAUUGCUGACUACUUGUUUCCAUUCAUUGUUAGCAAUAUUAGCACACAUUUCUUUAACACUAACGUGAAUGCGAAUGUUAAGUGUGUGUGGAGUCUUUAUUUUUAUUCUAUUUUAUUUUUUCUUUUCUUUUUUUUUUCUAGUAUGAGGUCAAAUUUAGGUGUUUUUUUGUUUGUUUUUUUAAUAAAUAAAUGAGUGUAAAAGGA